GGUACCAGGGAGGAAGGAGUGGGAAAAUAUUUGAUUCUAGCUACUACCAGCCUGAGGUCCUACACAGCAUAUGAUAGCUUAUGUAUAGGGUAUCUGACAUGAUGUGAAACUGAUGAAGAAAAGGAAUGUGAUUUUCUGUACAGCACAUCAUGUGUAGGUCAGUGGUAUGUAUCAGCAAGGGGCCAUGGCAUCUUGCAUGACUGAGAAAAAGACUCUGCCUGAUUGAAGUGAUUGAGCUGAUUGACCUGCAGACAACAGGACUUGUGUCUGAGUAUUGCUGUCAGAGCCAGGAGAAGGUAAUCAACAUGGUACUCUGCAAACAGGAGACAAAGGAUGAACAGGAGCUGCGAUGAUUCUAUUUGACUUGACAAAGUAAAAAGUUGGAGGAAGGUACGAAGAAGGAUUGCAGCGUGAAGCUCAGAACUGCCAGCAAACUGUCAAAAUGAGUGGCAAGAUGAGCAAGAAAGAGCUGGACCAUCAGUUUGAGCAGUUCCUGAAGGAGUCCCUCUCAGAUGAUUCCUUGGAUGAUGGAGGAGGUAAGGCUGGGAGUGUCCUACACAGGCUGGGCCAGCGAGAACCUAAGAAAGAACCAAAGCUGUGGUGGAUGGAGGAGGAUGAUGAGGGAUCGCCAAGACUCAAAAGUAGCUCAACCAACAGAUGGCUGACAAAAAAAGAUAAGAAAAAGGAAGAACCGUCUGGGAAGGAGCUAGGAGGUUCACAGGAAGCAAAGUUCUUGAAGUCGUUGAACAGAAAAAGUCCGACAGAACCCCCCACAUCAGGACUUGCUGCCAACUUUGACAAUCCUCCAGCAAGGAGAGAUGUAGAAGUGAGUAAGGACAGCCUGGAAGACUUUUUCCACAUAGGCCGCAGUAAGGGUAAUAAUGGAGGAAGGGGUGGUGUGAUUCCAGAGAAAGCCAGUUUUGAAGAUACUUUGAUAGAGAGCAGCGAUGAUGAAGCUGUGGAUGAUGUUAGAGCGGGAAGUGCCCCUGGAACAGGACCGGGGAUGGACACACUGGAGGAGCUGGCAGAGAAGGAAAGGUUCUUCAAGGAGAUAGAGGGGUCAGCAGAGGGUACAGUGGAUUAUGGGAGGCUCAAUGAGGAAGCAGAUCUGACAGAUACUUUGAAAAGGCCAACAUCUGGUCACAAAGUUGAAAACAAUGAAUCCAAACUAGACAGUUACAGUGAGGACUUUUCAGAUGAAAGUCAAGACAAGGAUGAAGACAGAGAUGAGUCUGAGAAGGUGACUGGUAAGACAAGUGACGCGGAAAGCUCCAAGAAGUUGACAAGUACUCCACCGUCCAAACCAAUGUUGGCCAGGGUAGCUCUGUUUGACACCAUGGAUUCCAGUUUUGGGACAGGCAAGCUGGGGAAGACGUUACUGCCCUCAGGUGGCGACACGGAUGGAGACUCACCCCAGAUAAAGAUGGUUCCCACGGCAACUGGGACCAACAGUGAUGUGGAGGCUCUGCAGCGAGCCCUGCAGGAUGCACAGAUGUCCACCCUGGGUACAGGCACUGCAGCAGACUUAGAUCUGGGGGGAGGAACCGAGGCGAGGGGGUUCAACCUGAGCCCUGCCCAGCCCAGGGGGAGGGGGUUUGACUUGGAGCCAGCUGGUACAGAAGACGGAGGUUUUACCCUGCCUGAGGAAAACAGAGGGUUUGACCUCCAACCAGCUGAUGACUCCAGGAGACUCGACCUUCAUCCAACUGGUGAGAAGCAUGGGUUUGACCUUCAACCUGCAGGUGAGAACCAUGGAUUUGACCUUCGGCCUGCAGGGGAGAACCAUGGAUUUGACCUUCAACCUGCAGACAGUGCAGGAGGAUUUGACCUCAGCCAGGGUCAAACCAGUGGACCAGAUGUUCACGGGUUUGACCUCAGCCCUGCGCAUGUCGAUCCGAAAGGUUUCCAUUACAAUGAUCAGGACCUUGACAAGACUGUGGAAAGUAAACCCCAAACCCCAGUACCCACACCCAGGAAACACAUAGGACAGAAGUUCACAUUUGAGUCUCCAGAGCGACAGCAUAGAACCAUUCAGGACCUGGAGAGAGAUAUCGAGACUCAAGUGGGAAGGUUGGACAGACUUGUCGAUGACAGCAUGGUGGAUGGUAGAACAGAGCAAGUCGGUAAGAAAGGAAAGGCAAAGAAGGGAAAACAGCAGCAGGUACGGAGCUCUGGGUACGGCAAAGUUAUCCCAUCAAAGAGGACAAAUGGAAGUGCAAGUACACCAGAUGCAAAGCUGGGAAAACAUGCCAGAAAUUCACCCUUGCCAAAAACAAGUACUCCUAGCAAACAAGGCAAGACUGUCAGCUUCCAUGGACAAGGUGCCAAGGGUAGACCAUCUAGUGCUAGCCCGUACAGGUGGACUCCUAAACAGGUCUCUACAUUUAAAGCAAGAGGAGUACCCAUGGAUGACUCAGUAGCAGGCAGUCAGCUGAUGGCUUCUGUGGAGUCCUUUGCUCACUACAUCCAAGACCAUUUCUCACCUGAAAGAAAGGGGAAGUCUUCCAGGCAAGCAUGGGAAGAUAAACCCCCUGUCAAGUCAGACGGCCCACCUCCAGGUGUAGAACACCUUUCCAGGGAGAAGAUGUUGUUGUUACAAGUACAAGACCUUCAGAAAGAGUUGGAAGUCGAACAGAAGCUGAGGGAGAAAAUCCAUGCAGACUUCAGAGCUCAGCAGAGGGAGUACCAGCGGGAGAUGGAAGAGCUUCGUCUCCAACACGACAAGGAACUGGACCAGCUGAGGCAGGAGAACUUUGUCUUACGAGCAAAGCUUGGGGACUCAGAAGCACACGGUGGUGACGAGAAGGAUUCAGAACCAUCAAGCCAAAAAUCUGACUCCAAAUUUAAAGGAAAAGCUGCAGAUGAAGAAGUGGAGAGGUUACGACAGGAAGUCAAGGUGCAAGAAGACCUUCUGAAAGGCUACCAGCAGGAGAACGAGAGGUUGUACGCUCAGCUGAAGACGGGCACGUCCAAGUACAAGGAGACAGAGACGCUCCUGUUCCAGGAGAACCAGAGGCUGCAGGCAGACGUGGCCCGUCUGAAGGAGGAGGGGGAGCAGAGGGAGCGAGCCCUGCUGUUUAAGGGAGUCAUCACCAGCCCAGCAGCUCAGCAGCAGAUCAAGGCUGGCACGGCUGAAGUCUCCAUGGCCACUGCUCGGGUGGCAUACUUGGAAAAAGAGCUGAAAAAAUCCAAGCUGCACAGUGAGGACCUGCUGAGGGAUGUUGUUCGACUGAAGGGUGAGAAGUCCCACCUGGAGCAGCAGCUGGACAGGGAGAGGGCUCUGGGUGUCCAGGCAAACAGACAAGUGAGUGAGGUGAGUGCGGUGCAGCAGCUGGAGGUGAGGACCCGGGUACAGCAGUAUGAGGAGGAGGUACUGGAGCUGAGGAGGAAGCUGCGCUGGUACGCAGAGAACCAGGAGCUGGUGGACAGACAGACACGGGUCCUCCGGGAGAAGGAGGAGGAGAUGGAGAGACUCAGGAGUCAGGUAAAAAGGCUGGAGGUCCAAACUGGACAGAAACAAGACAGCGCCAGGGGCAGGGCAAAGGAGCGAGCAGCCGACGCCAAACGCAUCCUCGAUCUGGAACGGCAAGUAAAAGAAAUGGAGAACAUCAUAAAGAGACGCCAUCCAAACUCCAUCCCUGCAAUGAUCCUGGCGGCAAAUGCAGCACCUCAGCCAGCCCCCGGCAGCCCCACCCGACCGCUGUCCGUACAGUUCCUGGAGAACAGGAUCAGGAAGCUGGAGGGGGAGUUAGAGAGGAGGGAUGAGGACGCCAAGUUGAGCCUGCGGGCCCUGCAGCAGACUCACAACCAGGUGAAGCUUCAGUACGAGGAGGAGAUCUCCAGACUGAGGGACCAGCUUGCUGAUAGAGGUCAAAUGUCGGCAAGGGUAGACUCCAAUAAAGUGUCUGCCCUGGAGAUGCAGCUUGACUUGGAAAGGACAGAUCACAACAAAAUGGUUGAAGAGUUCAAAAGGGAAAUCACAGAACUGCACAAACGUCUGGAAGCUGCACAGAUGCGGAGGUCAAUGACUGAUAAGCAGGCCUUUGCUGCUGAAAAGUUUGAGGCAGAGACUUUGGUUUUGAAGAAGGAGUUGAAGGAAAAGAGUCAGGAAAUCUUCCAGCUCCAGAAAACGUGUCAAAAGCUGCAAGCUGGUUCUGGAAAAGAUGGAGGAAAGUUUGGGAAGACCAAAAUUGUUGGGAAGAAGAAAAUGUCUGGUAAAGAUGUCGCAUCGUCACCCAGACAUGAUGUUGCCUUCCCAGACUCUCUGGAUGACAGGUCUUACGAACCUCAUGCUUUCAGUGGUUUGCACAUUUCUGACAUCCAAAGGGAAAAUGAAACUCUUAAGCAGCAGGUAGAAAAUCUUUCAUUUGAACUUGAACAGCAAAGAGUCAAGAGUCAGAUGCAGGUUGCAGAGGCAGAGAGCAGCGUCCGCAAAGCACAGGAGGCUUCAGAAGAACGACUGGACAUCAUGAAAGCAGCUCACCAGAGAGAAGUGGAGAAGCUCUUAUCGCAGUACACCAGACAACAGUCUACCUCUGAGGUGGCAGAGCUCACAAGUAGACUGCAGACAAGGGACGUUAUGCUCGAACAUCUGAAGUCAGAGUUGGCGUCUGCCAAGAGAGACCAGGAGGAGCUUGUGCGAGUGAAACUGCGGGAGGAGGCCCUGCAGCGGCAGCUCAGUAGACUUCAGGAGGAACUGGCCGAGGCAAAGGCACAGCAGUCCCCAGAAAUGAGACACUUUGAGUCACUCCAGUCCAAGAUCCAGGCUAUGGAGGAUAAGUACAGGGAAAGAGAGAGGGGGCUACAGAACGGGGUGUUGAGUCCAAAGGGAGGAAGGUCGGACUCACAGUGGGCACAGAUUGUAGAGUCUAAGAACAGACAGAUUGAGCAGUUCAGGGCAGAGUUGGACUCUAUUCUAGCAGUGCUCAGGCAGAUUCAACAGAACAAGAUGUCGGCAGGUUACAGAAUUCCAACAAUAUGAUUCAUCUGUUGAUACAGACCACUAAGAUACAUGUUAAACUUUAGUGCUACUGUUCAUUGAUUUGAAAGUUUUCGAGACUGGGUCUAUAAAAACUAUAAUGCCUCUGACUGUCCUGUGUUUUUCUUUGCAUUUUCACGAAUGUGCUUGAAGUGAUAUAUAAUGUAUUAAUAUUAUGCAGAUACAUGUAUAUGGUCCACAUUAGAUUACACAAGACGAAUGCUGAUAAAUUUUUUUGUAGAAUGUUGAUACUGUGGAAUGUUUAACAUUUGUAAAUCUUUAUAGCAAAGAUAUUUUUAUCCACACAAGUACAUUUUUAAAAGAAUACUCGCAAGUUACUUGUUCAUGUUGGAAAUCAAACUUGUCAUCAGCUGAAUAAAACACAUUGCAUACACCUGGCCUGAGGUUUCUCUC